GCUCACUUGGCAGCCAAUCACAGGUCGCCCUGGGCGCGUGUGCGGAGGCCUCGGGUUUGCGGGGCGGUGUAGGGCCUGGUGGGGGCCGUGCUCUCCUGCCGGCCUCGGCUUUGGGAGCUGCGCUGCGGGGACGGGAUGUGACCUUCACCUACUUGGAUUAUCUGGAAAUUUUAAGUUUCAGUGUAUAUCUGAGGAUCUUGGAUCUUGCUGUGUAGUUCCGGCUGAGCUGGAUCUCACUGUACAUCCCAACCUGGCCUUGAACUCAUGAUCCUUCUGAGUGCUGGAAUUAUAGGUGGCAGAUAUAUAAAGCAAGCCACACCUUUCAAGAAUUAAGAAUUAGAAAAUGGAUCAACCGCUCGUGAUCUGUGAUGAAGAAGACCCAGAACCACAGAAGAGUUUACAAGAAACUAAACAGAUUGAUGAUGAAGAUGCUGAGCUGAUCUUUGUUGGGGUAGAACAUGUAAGUGAGGAUGCUGAACUGAUCUUUGUUGGGGUAUCUUCAGAUUCAAAACCAGCCAGUUCAAACAUUUUGAAUAGAGUCACCCCAGGUUCACGCUUAAGAAGAAAGUGUGGUCACCUUAGAAAAAGUAGUGCUCAAAGAGUGCAGCCCACAAGCCGUGUGGCCCCCGAAUCAGAAACGGUGACCAUCUUGCCAGCAUCUCCAUCUGAAUCACGAUCAACAGAUAGUCCUAUUAUUAUUGAGCCUUUGUCUGAACCUGAUUGUAAAAACAAUUCACCACAAGACGUGCCUAGUAGCUCCUCAGAGUCCUGUUGUUUGGUUACAUCCACAAGUUCAUUGCACCAUCCAGCGAGGGCAGUGCUUUCAAUAGGAGAUUUGAAUGAAAGUCCUCGUGUAUUGAAGCGCCGUAUCACUUCUGAAGUAAAUGGCAUAAAUCCCCAAAGGUCUAAACUUAAUGAUGGACUUGUAGAAGAAUAUUCAGCUUUGUCCCCUUCAGGGAAUUAUAGUACAGUGAACCCUCAACCAAGUGCACCCUCAAGUGAAGUUCAUGUGCCAGUAAACCAUGUUGAGAAUGGAGCACCUUUUCCAGAGGACAGUGUUCACUCCAGUCCUACAGGUUUAAAUCUUGACAGAGAAAAUGGGUUGACAAAAGCAGACUUUUCAAGUCUAGCAGGUCAAAACAAGACACUUGAUCCCAAGAAGGGAAAUCUGACCCUCUUACUUAGUGACUUUUAUUAUGGACAGCAUAAAGGAGAUGGUCAGCCAGAGCAGAAGACUCACACAACCUUUAAAUGCCUCAGCUGUUUAAAAGUUCUAAAGAACGUUAAAUUUAUGAAUCACACCAAGCAUCAUUUGGAACUUGAGAAGCAGGGGAGCGACAGCUGGGAAACCCACACCACCUGCCAGCACUGCCACCGGCAGUUCCCUUCUCCCUUCCAGCUGGAGCGGCACAUUGACAGUGUGCACACUGCUCCAGAGCCCUCUACUGUCUGCAGAAUCUGCGAAUUGUCAUUUGAAACAGAUCAAGUUCUUUUACAACACAUGAAGGAUAAUCACAAGCCUGGGGAAAUGCCCUAUGUGUGCCAGAUUUGUAACUACAGAUCAUCAGUCUUUGCUGAUGUGGAAACACAUUUUAGAAAGUGCCAUGUAAACACUAAGAAUCUACUUUGUCCAUUUUGUCUUAAAAUUUUCAAAACUGGGUCACCAUACAUGUGUCAUUAUAGGGGGCACUGGGAAAGGAGUAUUCACCAGUGUUCCAAAUGUCGGCUGCAGUUUUUAACUUUCAAGGAAAAAAUGGAGCAUAAGACUCAGUGUCACCAAAUGUUUAAGAAGCCUAAACAGCUCGAAGGGUUGCCUCCUGAGACAAAAGUUGUGAUUCAAGUGUCAAUGGAACCUCGUCAGUCCGGAUCUGUGAAGAUGGCAUCCAUUACUGUGAGCACAACUGAUUGUGAACCAUCUUCCCCUAGAUCUAAAGGCAGAGCUUCAAAAAAACCCCAUCAGUUCUAGUUUUGGUAAACCAAAUAGCUAAAUCAAAUCCUAAAGCCCCCGUAGAGACAAGUGCAAACUGCACAUUGUUCAUUAGCUCCAAGAAUGAGAAAACUAAUGAAUAAUUGAAGGUUUUUUUAAAGUUCAUGAUAACGCAGGUUUUGUGUGUUUGUGGGGUUUGUUCUUUGUUUUUGUAUUACUUCAGAGGCUAACUUAAAGGCCUCAGAGACAAUUGACAAGCACUCUACCACCAAGCCGCAUUCCUAGAUUUACAGUAUAUUUUGACUGAUUGAGGUAUUUAGAAUGCGUCUGGUUUUCAUGUUAAGUGUUGGCGCCACGCAAGAAAGUGUUUGCAUGUGUCUGAGUGAAAGGAAGAACAGUUGGCAACCUCUCCAUUAGGCUUCUUGUUACUUCUAAGCUCCAAAGCUCUUCUGUGUAAGAAAUUAGAGAGUUGAGGGCGGGGGAGGUGCUCUCAAGUCCCCACCCUUCCCUAAGGACCUGUAGACAGUUAGUAUUUACUACAGGGAGGGGUUCACAUGACCCCACCUUUCCUUGAGGAUCUAUAGGCAAUUCAUGCUUGUUGGAGGAGGGAGAGACAUUUUCUUCAGUGGUGUAGUGCCUGGUAAGUGGCACAUGAUCUUAAAGAUAACCUUUCACUCCUAUUAACAACCCUAAUUAAACUCACUAGGACACACACACCCCAGGAAAAAAAACAAAAGGCAUGAGGGUAGAAGGGAUAGUCUCCAAGAAUAGAAAUUUGUUCUGUGAGAAUCACUCAGUUACACUGCAGGAGCUAGUAUAACUGGAAUUUUCUUAGGAGCUCAAGCUCCUUUUGCCAAAAGUUGGCAAAAUGAAAGUAAUAAAUUUUAUUUUUAUGUUCAUUAAUAAAUGCUGAUGUGCUUGAAGAAUUUAUAUGUUUUAAAAAUAGUUCAUUUUUUUCCCGCAUCACUUUAACAUAUUCUAGAUCUCAUUAAUUCUAGUCAGAAUGGAUUAGCUUUGCUAUUGCCUGUCCCAUUUCCCUAUGUACUCCUCGAAUCUGGCUCUGAAAUCUGGAUGUGAAGGUGAGGGAGGUGCUGUGGCAUGAAGGCAGGUACCUGUUAGUGAAGUGAGAACAAUGCUUCUUUGUCCUUAGUAGGGACAGGCACACAGUCACCCCUGUCUUGGAGCCAAAGCAGAAGGAAUACUGCCUCAGUGUUUUUACCUAAAGGAAGAAUAUCCAGGGAUAUAAAGCCAUUCUUAUGAAAUGACUACAUUUGGUUACAGUCUCUACAGACAAAGCACUGCUGUGUACAGCCUUAGCUUCGUAAGCAGCAGUAGUCAUUAGAAUGGGAACUGGUAUCUGGACACUUCUUAUUGAGUGAUCCUUAGGGAAAUUCACUUCCCCUUCAUUUUGGCCUGCUGUGUUUGAAGAAGGAACUGGUCGUAUCUUUGUCGGCCACUACGUUAAAGCACAUUGUCUUUCCCUAGGGAAAAAGCCUUGGCAUGUGUAGUUUGAAGAAAUUGGACCCACAGUCUUACCUGAAAGGGUCAAAAAAAAUGGUAUCCGUCCUGUUUAUAGCUUGGUUUACAUUUAGUUCUGUUAAGCUGUAAUGGGGGCUUGUCCAAGAAUAUUGAGCACAGCACAAAAAGUAACCCAGGGUGACCAGAGUUUAGGCCCUUUAUAAGGCCUUUUAUUGUGUUUUUCAAUAAUGUAUAUCUUACGGUAAUAGAACAUGUGAAGCUUGCAGUUUUUGCAGUGCUAGGGAUUAAACCCUGGGCCUUGCACAUGCCAGGCAAGUGCUCUACCACUAAACUGUAUCAAUUUCUACCUUGCAUCCAACUUGAGUGUUACAAUGCGUGUUUUUUUUUUUCUUUUGUUGUAUGUAUAAUUUCCCAGUUGUUCACACUAAUACUGUUUGUGUCUUACUUGAAGCACUUUAGUGUGUGUGUAAGAAAUGUCCUAAAUGAAAAGAUUCUCCUUUUCUGCCAUCUAAUAUUUCCUGCUACUUAAUAGUCACUAUCCAAUGGAGGAACCUUCUUCCUUGCCCCUCCUUAAGUACUCUUUCACAGAACUGCAGAGUACCCCUUCAGGAGAGGUUCUAGACAACAUCAGUAGCCUUAGCUGCUUCUGUAAGUUUUCAGUGUUACCUCCCUGAGCCUGGUCUAGUGAUGCCUAUUGUUCCUCUGUCCCCAGCCCAGAUGUCCAGCAACUUCUGUUCAUCAGUCAAGGAAUCUGGCUAGCAUCUUGCUUAUAAACAUAGGCCUGGAAAAAUCUCUAGUUUUUCCAUUCCUUUCUUUAAAGGUACCUUAUCUUGCUGGGUGUGGUAGCACACACUGGUAAUUCCAGCACUUGGGAGGCUGGAGUUCCUAACCCAACUCCAUGACAAGACCCUGUCCUUAAAACCAAAAAAAAAAAAAAAAAAAAAAGGGGGGGGAGGAGGCACUUUAUCUCUCUCUCUCCCUUUUCCCCACCUCAAUCUAGUUAAAUUUCCUUAGAUUUCACAAAAAGUUAAGAGAUAAUCAUCAUACCUUACCAUCUGUUACAAUUGAGGGAGGUAAGAGAUUGUGAAUAUAUUCUGUUGUGUUUAAUUUGUUCCUCGAUUGAUUGAUUGGGUGACCAAUUCGCAUCUUUAAUAUUUACUAGGCCUUCUCAGUGAGUAUACCUAGGCCAAGGCACACUGGUGAAGUUUUACACCCUCCCUUUCCUUUAGGUGUAGAAAGUGUCUGUAUUUGUCCCACAUGCUCUGGUGGAAAAUCCUACUGUGUAUAAAAUGGAUAUGCAGACUCUUGUAUACUCUAUGGUAAAAAUAGCAAAUGUCUUAGAUCUGUGUUUUAGUGAGUGCUUAGUAUUGGCAGCACUGUUGUAGUUUGCUGUUUCACUAAAGCAUGCUCCUAAGGAGUACAGAUUGUUGUUUACUGCUAGCCAGAGGUCCCAGGGGUCUGGCCCUGCCUACCUCCUGUCCCAUUCUCUGCUAUGCUACCCUACCAUUUUCCCCUGAAUGCACUGUUCCAACCUAUUGGCCUUAUUCCUCAAGUAAAUCCCAUUUCCUCCUGACCCAAAGGUUACACAGGCUGUUCUCCUUUGUAGAAUGCUCUUCCCCUAGGCCUGCAUGGCUUGCUACCUCACAUUUGGUUUAUUAAGCUUUGCCAAGAUUAUUAGAAUGGUUAGAAAUAUCCCCUGCUUCUUAAAACCUAUUUGUUCCUUCUCUUUGAAGGCAGUUUACCUCCCACCAUACCUUUCUUUCAUCUGUAAUCCAGCCAAAUUCCCUAGAUUAUUCACAAAAAUCUGGGAAGAUAUCAUCAAAAGCUUUGCUUCUGUCUUAGAAAUGAGCUAGCUUGAGUCAAUUUCUGUGCCUAUAACAAAAAUAUAGUGAGCCGAGUCUCGGAAGCGUUCUGUUUUUAUAUUGAUAGCUCUAUAUAUUUUUAAAGCAAUGUCACUUUGUUUUGUUUACAAAUAUAUUGAAUAUCUGUCCAGAUUACUAUUUUAUUACUCCUUAUGAAUUUUGUUGCUUGUUCUUUCAAAUAAAUUUUAUUAUUUUA